AUGGUUCUUGAGGCGGUUAUGGUUGUCGUAGACAACAGCGAGAGCAGCAGAAAUGGCGACUAUCAACCUACUCGAUUCGAAUCGCAAGUCGACGCUGUCAACAUCACCUUUCAGACCAUCACACAAGGAAACCCUGAAUCAUCCGUUGGGUUGAUGAGCAUGGGAGGCAAAGGACCUGAAGUGCUGGUGACUCUCACCACUGAGCAGGGCAAGAUCCUCGAGGGCCUUCACAGGACGAAGAAGAAGAUUGGAGGCUCAUCCCACCUCAAGACGGGUAUCCAGGUGGCUACUCUAGCCUUGAAGCAUCGCCAGAACCGAUCCCAACGUCAACGAAUAAUAGUCUUUGUCUGCUCCCCCGUUGAGGAAUCAGAGAAGGAGCUUACCACACUCGCAAAGAAGAUGAAGAAAGCCAACAUUUCGGUCGACUUUGUCCUGUUCGGCGACCUCGAUGACGACAGCACUAAGAACAAGCUGCAGCUCUUUAUUGACACCGUCAAGACCAACGAAGGCUGCCACUUGGUCGUCAUUCCUCCCAGCAGCAAGCUUCUAAGCGACCAACUCAUUUCGACCCCCAUCCUACUCGGAGAAAACGCUGGUGGAUCUGGCGGAGCUGGAGGCGCAGGCGGUAGCAAUGAUGAAUUCGAGUUCGGUUUCGACCCUGCAAUGGAACCCGAGCUCGCACUGGCUCUACGUAUGAGUAUGGAAGAAGAAAAGGCUCGGCAGGAGAAGGCAGCUCGCGAGGAAGAAGAAGCUGCAAAGAAGGCCUCACUGAGCGACGUCAAGGAAGAAGAAGAGAACCAGGGAUCGAGCAGCAAGGACCAAGACAAGGGCGGAAAGAAAGGCGACGGAGACAAGAUGGACACUUCAUAG